AUGGCUCUUCCUCAGGGUCUACUGACAUUCAGGGAUGUGGCCAUAGAAUUAUCUCAGGAGAAGUGGAAAUGCCUGAACCCCGCCCAGAGGACUUUAUACAGAGACGUGAUGUUGGAGAAUUAUAGGAACCUGAUCUCCCCGGAUAUCUCUUCCAAAUGCAUGAUGAAGAAAAUUGGGCCAGGCGCAGUGGCUCACGCCUGUAAUCCCAGCAGUUUGGGAGGCCAAGGUGGGUAG